AUGCCUGCCGGGAUCGGGGCGGCGGGGGGCGCGGGGGGCGCGAGGCCCAGCUCGGGCCCGCUCAGUGCGUGUGCGCGCCGAGGAGCGGCCGCUGCACCAUCCCGGCCGGGCCCCGUCGGCUCCUGCGCUCCGGCCCCGGCUGCGGCGCGGCCACCGUUCCAGCCCGAUGCGCCGCGCCCCGCCCCGCACGUGCUGCCCCGGGGGGCGGAGGGGGAGCGCCGGGCCGCAGAGCCCCUCCCGCCCGACGGGGGCGCAGUCAAGCCGGAGCCGCUCGGCCGCCGGGGCCGGCGAGGACGCGGAGGGGGUUUGCGGGGAGCUACGGAACUAGGAGUAGCGUGCGGGAAGCAGGACCCCCCCAGCACCCGCUCAGUGUCCUCCCUCCCCACUCCCUACCGCAGCGCGGACUCUGGGAGUGGGCCGAGGGCUCCCGCUCAGGGCGUGUGGACAUCCCGGAGAGGGGGUCUCAGACGGUUCCAGGGCCCAGAAAUGACCCCACCAUGGACAUGCAGCUACCUGGUGACAGAGCUGGUGCUGACCCAGGUUGCUGCCAUACCAUCAGCUGGGCCGGGAGCUGUUUCCACCACAGGAUGCUCUAGAGCCCACGUCCAUGGGCAGGUGCAUCUCGUGAAGGCGUUGACCACGGUCACCAGCCACGGGUAGGGAGAGGACACCUCCACUCUGCUCCUGAAGUUGCCAAGCUGGGGACUAGUUGACGCCCCUCCAUCCCCCAGCCUGGGCCUGCCUCACGAGCUUUGCUCACAAUGCUUCGUCUCUGCCUCUCUCCCCUGCUCAGAACAGAUGGCUCUGAGUCCCCACCAACACAGAAGUUCCUGUUCUGCCAUUCGAACAUUUUAACACUAUCUGAAUUAUAGAAGUUUCAAUCUCCUUUGAUCAUGGACUCAGACUGUCAGAAGUGAAGAUUCCCUCGAAGGACACCGUGUCCGGCCUCUUCCCUAUCCCGUGAGAGGCUGCAUCUGAGAGAGGGCCAGUGGCCUGCCCAAGAUCAUUGUAAUGGACACAGUCAUUGGUUUUUGUGGGGGUUUAUUUUGGGGCGGGGUUGUUGGGUUUUGGGGGG